CUUAACUCUGUUCUGGACUCUUACAGAACAAAUACAGUUUAACGUGAUAGCCUACAGUUUUACAGGAUAUAAGGGAUUCUGUUUGACUAAACUAAAGCUGUGGUCCUGCACUGGUGAACAAGAUCUAGUGAACUGUUAAGAAGACGCCGGUUCUCCAGCUGAUCUGACAGAAAUUACCAGGAUCUUGAGGAGAAGAGUCCUGCUGCAGACAGCAGAACACUGGCUUGCACGAAAUCAUGUUCAGAAAGGAUUCAGAGAAAACUCAACUGGUCACCGAGAAAGGCACCAUGUAUAGCAUCACCAUGGGAAGUGUGUCCACAGAUGAGAUAAUGCAGAAGGAGAAGGACAGCAACAUCAAGCAUUGCCAUGACAACAGCCAAGCUACGGAGGACAGGGAGCGGGAGAAGCAGUUGGCCAGGAAGAGGCUCUACGUGGUCUCGGCUGUCUGCCUGGUCUUCAUGAUCGGAGAGAUCCUGGGUGGUUACUUUGCGGGGAGUCUGGCGGUGAUGACAGACGCCGCCCACCUGCUGGUAGACUUCGCCAGCUUCAUCAUCAGCCUGGUGUCUCUGUGGCUCUCGUCCAGACCCGCCACACGCACACUCAGCUAUGGCUGGCAUCGUGCAGAGAUCUUGGGUGCUCUCCUCUCGGUGGUGACCAUCUGGCUGGUGACAGGUGUGCUGGUUUACCUGGCUGUGCAGCGCCUCAUCAGCGAUAAUUAUGAGAUCGAGGGGACCAUCAUGCUCAUUACUUCAGGCUGCGCUGUGCUGGCAAACAUCAUUAUGGCUUUCACCCUGCACCAGUCUGGGCAUGGGCACAGCCACGGGGGCCUCAGCAGUGGGCACGGCCACAGCCACGGCACUAACGACAAGAGCAACCAUGGGCACAGCCACGCGGCGGGCAAUGGGCAUGGGCACAGCCACAAGAGAAACCACUCGCACAGUAACGGUAACCAAGAAAACCAUUCCCAUGGAAAUGGCGACGUGGAGCAGCACAAUGGGGUAGACUGUCAGCAGCAGAAGUCGGCGGGGUCACGACCUCAGGCCAACGCCAGCGUGCGUGCCGCCUUCGUGCAUGUCGUGGGAGACCUGCUCCAGAGCAUCAGCGUGCUGGUCAGCGCCAUCAUCAUCUUCUUCAAGCCUGAGUAUAAGAUAGCUGACCCUAUCUGUACGUUCCUGUUCUCCAUAUUUGUCCUGGGAACCACCAUCACCAUUAUGAGAGACAUCCUGCUUGUCCUCAUGGAAGGUACCCCAGCUGGAGUGAAGCACGGUGAGGUGAGGGAUCGGCUGCUGGCAGUGAAGGGGGUGAAGUCUGUCCAUAGCCUCCAUAUCUGGGCCCUGACUAUGAACCAGACGGUGCUGUCAGCACACGUGGCUAUAGAUGACGUAGUGGAUGCCCAGCCAGUCCUAAGGGAGAUGACCCAAACCUGUUUCUCCAACUACAACUUUCAUUCAGUCACCUUACAGCUGGAACAGCAGGCCGACCAGAAGCCUGGGUGUAGCCUGUGUGAGGACCCCAAAAUGUAGACACCCGUUUAAGCCCAUGGGAGAGGCCAGGAGCACAGAGGAAUAAGGCUAAGUUAAGCUACCUAACCAGGAUUUAGUUGUAGCCUGGACAUAGUCUUUUGGCCAGUGCUUGACUUGACCAGGAACAUAUUGGUUCCUGCACCUUUUAUAAAAUCUGGCCUUAAAAUAUUGCGGCAUUCCGUCACCUUAAUAUAAACAGCCCUCCAAAUAGAAUAGAACGCAACUUUUUUGACUAUAUGUUACAGCAAACAACUUGCAGUGCAGUGUCUCUGGAUGAGUACUGGCACAUAUUUCAGUCCACUUCAAGCUCUGCUUUUGGCUGAUCAAUCAUGGAUAUUGGACCAGAGGGGUAUACUACAAAGCAGGUUCAAUGUUUUAGGGCUCUAAAACAUUACUUUGCAAUUUCAUCAUGUGAAAACUGGCAUUUUCCUGCCCUAACGCCAGGUUUGGCAAUUUACCUGUCUAACAUCAGCAUGCUUACGCAUGAUCCAAAGUACUAAUUUUAGGCAGCACUGGUAGGGAUAUUUAAGACCAAUCAAAAGCUGGUUUUAAUGGUAACGCAGUUGGUUAUGGUAUGAAUUUUGACAGCUGAAACACAGCCUAUCCAGCCGUGACGCACACUGCCCACUUGAACAUGGAACAAGAUGUGAUUUGGUGCCUGUAUACUUCGUAUUUAGAAACAUAAAACAUUUUUCCCCCAUUUCAUUUUAUUUGAUUAAAAACCAAGCAUAGCCUCCCCUCUCAAUGAAGGCUGUUUUCUUUUUGUCCUGCCCAAUGUAAUCAAGUAGGCUAGACAAGACCGUCGAUAAAGGGUUUGGCUCGUGAGACUGCUUGGAAAUAAAUCCUAAUCACCCAAGCUUUAUUAAAAUACUGUAUCAAGUUUGAGAGGAGCAAAACAGUGAGCUGACAUUCCCUUUUUAUCUGUGUAUUGUAGACAGGCGUAGAUUAUUUUAGCCAUGCUUUGGACAUGCGUAAGACUCCCUCCAUGAUAUAGGUUACAUGUCUCCGUGCCCAUCGUGAAAGGAGAGAUGAGAACCUCUGUGAAUACCGGUGAACCUCGUAUUUAGAAGUUAUUUUCAUGUAACAAUUGCUUGUUUUCCAUUUCAUAUUUUUUUAUAAAUCCAAGCCUUCCACAGACUACCCUUACCCUAGGACAACUAUAGCGAAGGCUGCUUCAACAGCAAUGCAUUGUGUUUUUUUUUAUGAUGGUGAUUUUAUGAUAUCAUGACAUUUUACAUGCAUUUAUUGUUGUUGAAUUUUUUUUUUUAGCAAAGAUGGGAUAGGUCUACAUUUAGUUAUUUGUUUCUGUAAGCUGUUUAACAAACUAUAGUGGACUAACAUUAGAAUUUGAGUUGAUCCCAAGGUAAUAUAUACAAGACUGUAUAUACACAACUUGAAGCAACCACAUAUUUAGCCAUGGAGCAUGUUCUGAUUGGUCAGCGAGGGGGUCAAGCCUCAACACACCCACAAUGUCAUGGCUGUGAUAAGGAGUGGACCAAGAUGCAGCGUUUUGUGUUCCACAUAUUUAUUAUAUUCGUGAAACUUAAUGCAAAUACAGAAAACUUGAAAUACCAAAACAACAAACCGUGACGCAGCGAGGGGAAAAAACACACUACUCAAAAUAUAAAUCACCCACAACGACAUGUGGGACAAACAUCAACUUAAAUAUGGCCUCCAAUUAGAGACAACGACAACCAGCUGCCUCUAAUUGGAGGUCAUGCCAAACAACGACCAACAUUAAAAUACAAAAACUAGAACUGAACAUAGACAUACAAAAACAGAUAAACACCCCCUGUCACGCCCUGACCACUCUACCAUAGAAAAUAACAACUUAUUAUGGUCAGGACGUGACACACAACUUAUUUAUUCAUCAAAUCCCAGCCCUUUCGAGCGCCAGCAACUGCGCAGAUAAUUGUGGUUGUAAAAAUAGCAUAAAUAUUUUGGACACACCCUUGAACCUAUAGCGCUACUGCCAACGCUUAGAUUGACUAUUGCGUUAGGUUUGUUAAGAUAGAGCCCUUAGAGUUAAUUUCCUGCAAUUCUACACAUUCUGCCAUGGGGUGCAGAGAAGAUUUAGCAAUUGUAUAACACAUUUCUUGCAAUUCUACUCAUUUUGUCAUGGGGUGGAGAGAAAAUGUAGCAGUUUUACAGCAGAUUUCCUGCAAUUCAACACAUUUUGCUAUAGGGUGGAGAGUUUUUAAUAAUUUGACCAUGAUUACAAGUUUUGAUAAAUGGCUAGACUAAUUUAACCCCCUCCCCAAUUCCUGGUCCAAUUGACUCAACAACCAAAAACACAUAUCUAAGUUUACAUUUCUUAAUGAACCAGAAAAUCAAGACGUUAUUUGGGGUUGCUUAUCAAAGAUAGCUGGCUAACUCACUGAUCCUGCUUUGUAGUUUACCCGUUUGUUGUGUGGUUAGUUUGUUUAUCUCUGAAAGGUGAGGUGGUCAUUCUACAGUCACAAGAAAGUGCCUCUGUGCCAACAUUCCCAAAGAAGUAAAGAUUGAAGAGAUCAGGGAUGGGGUGCCAUAGCUGAUCACAGGCUCGAAAGUGAUGCACCAUGUAUUUUAUUUAUAUAUGUUUUAACUUACUGUAAGUCCACAUUUUAAAAUGUAAUUUGAGUCCUUAAUGGUUUAAGUGUCUAUAUUGAAAUGCUGGUCACUGUAUUGUUUAAAGAAAAUUAGAUGAAACAGCACGGUGUUAGAUGCUAAUAAUUAAGAGAACAAAACUGUCCUUGUAUUUACAAUACUGAUUUGAAUAAAAUCUACUGUUGUCAAUAA